CUAGAAAAAGGCCAGGAAGACAAAGUGCCGAAAGCGACAUCGUUUGGCAUUUCUCUCGUGGCUUGUCAGCAAAUGCCACCAGCACUGGUUCUUUAAUAAUUGUUGUUUGACUGUUAGCAUUAAAAUAAAAUAAAAAAUAAAGACAGCGAUCUUCCUUCUCCACUGCUCCAUUCUUUUAAACUCGAACAACAACCAGAAGGCCAGAUUCUAGAACCAGCAGCCUACUUCCCCUUUUUCUUCAGUUGAAACACCAGAAAAACAAAAUGAUGGGUGGACGCAGGGAGGGUCCUUUGAUGAGAAACGCAUCGCACUCAGUGGUGAAAUCAAGAAUACUGAUGGCAAUAACCAUUGGGAUUUCAUUGGGUUGCCUCUUCGCUUUUCUUUAUCCUCAUGGAAUCCUCUCUUCCUCUGCCCCUGCAUUCCACUCUCGCCACACCCAGGUUCUAUCUGCCGAGUGUGAAUCGUCUGAAAGGUUAAAUGAGUUGAAAUCACAGUAUGCAGCAGCAUCCGUGACAAAUGCAGAGUUGAGACAACAGGUUAAGGAGCUCACCGAAAAGCUUAGAUUGGCUGAACAAGGGAAAGACCAUGCACAAAAGCAAGUCGAGGCAUUGGGUAAACGGCACAAAGCUGGGCCUUUUGGAACUGUUAAAGGCUUGAGAACCAACCCCACAGUGAUUCUAGAUGAAUCCGUUAACCCCAGAUUGGCCAAAAUUCUUAAACAUGUUGCUGUUCAAAGAGAGCUUGUAGUGGCACUUGCAAAUUGGAAUGUGAAGGACUCAUUAGAGGUUUGGUUCACAAACAUUAAGAGAGUUGGUAUACCUAAUUAUUUGGUUGUUGCUUUGGAUGAUAAGAUUGCUGAAUUUUGUGAAUCCAAUGAUGUUCCUGUGUAUAAGAGAGACGCCGACGAAGGAAUUGAUUCCAUUGGGAGGACAGGGACAAACCAUGCUGUUUCAGGAUUGAAAUUUCGUAUCUUGAGAGAGUUUUUGCAGCUGGGGUACAGUGUUCUCCUUUCGGAUGUUGAUAUUGUGUAUUUGCAGAACCCUUUCAAUUAUCUUUAUCGAGAUUCAGAUGUGGAAUCCAUGACUGAUGGCCAUGACAACAUGACUGCUUAUGGAUUCGAUGAUGUCUUUGAUGAACCUCCAAUGGGAUGGGCUCGAUAUGCUCAUACAAUUCGGAUAUGGGUUUACAACUCCGGUUUCUUCUAUAUCAGACCAACAAUCCCUUCAAUUGAGCUUUUGGAUCGUGUGGCUGGUCGCCUUGCACGUGAGCCAAAGUCAUGGGACCAGGCCGUUUUCAAUGAGGAACUCUUUUUCCCUUCACAUCCUGGGUAUGAGGGGCUUCAUGCUGCUCGGAGAACCAUGGAUUUCUAUCUCUUCAUGAACAGUAAAGUGCUCUUCAAGACUGUGAGAAAAGAUGCUAUACUGAGCAAGUUUAAGCCGGUCAUUAUUCACGUAAAUUACCAUCCUAAUAAGCUUGAACGAAUGAAAGCAAUUGUGGAAUUCUAUGUUAAUGGCAACCGGGAUGGAUUGAAGGUUUUUCCUGAUGGUUCAGAUUGGUAAAUUGUGCUUUGCUCAUCACAAAUUCACAAUUACCCUGGGCAAAAGGUUCAUCCAGUAAAUGGUUCAAAGCAUAUU